UCGCCAUCACAUCAUUAUUUUUCAUCGUUGUGUGAUUCUUUAUCAAUAAUAUAAUAACAAUAACAUAACAACAACAUAACAACAUAAUAAUAACAACAACAAAAUGAUGAUGGAUGAUAAUCAAUCAGUUAUAACAUCAUCUGAAAGAUUAGAUUUUUCACAAAUAAAUAAUUUAAAGAAAUGUGAAAGAUGGACCAUUGAUAGUGAUGAAGGAUUAUUAGAUUAUCUAAAAGGAUAUUCACAAAGAUUAUUUACACAAAUGAAUAAUGUUAGAGAUGCAGUUGAUGAUUUAAUUUAUGAUACUCAAUCUUGUGAAGUACAAGUUAGAAAUUCAUUUAAUGAAUUUAUAAUGUUAUCUAAUACUCAAUUUAUUGAAAAUAGAGUUAUUAUUGAUCAUACUAUUGAUCCAAAUAACAAUUCAAAUAAUAUUAAUAUGAAUUCUAAUAUGAAUUCUAAUAAUAAUAUGAAUAAUUCUAAUAAUAUAAAUGAUAAUAAUUCAAAUAUUGAUUUAAUUAAAGAAUUAACACCUGAAGAAAAACAACAACGUUUUACAACAGCUAUUAAAUAUGGAUUAAAUGCAGUAUUAGAUUCAUGUACAAUACCAUUAGAAGAAGGUAAUGAUGAUUUUACAAAUAUGAAUCUUGUUGAUUCUCAAAUGAUUGAUGAUAUUGAUGAAUUACCAAUGGAUGCAGAAGAAUUAGAACAUAAUAGACAAGCAGAAGAAUUUAUGAAAAAUACAAUUGCUAAUGUUGAUUAUGUUCAACAAAUUGAUCCAAUGAUUAUGAAAAAGAGAACUUUACCUUUUAUUAUUGGUUCUUCAAGAUUUUAUAAUUCAGAUUUAUGUGGUAUUAUACCAAAUGAAGAAGAAGAACAAUUAAAAUUAAUGACACAUCAUGAAAAUCAUAAUGCAACACUUGUUGGUUCUACCAUUGAUAGUAAUUUGAAUAGUAAUAUGAAUAAUAUGAAUAUGAAUACAUUUGAUUCAAUGAAUGGUGUACCACCUCCACCAAUGAUGAAUGGAUCAAUUCCACCUCCACCACCUUCAAUGAUGAAUGGUUCAAUUCCACCACCUCCACCAAUGAUGAAUGGUUCCAUUCCACCUCCACCACCAUCAAUGAAUGGAAUGAAUGGAUUUUCAAUUCCACCUCCACCACCUGAUGCUUCAUUAAAACCUAAAUUAGGAUCAUUUAAUGAUGAAGAAUUUACAUUGGGAGGAGGUGAAACAUUUAAUAAUCAAGUUAAUUUAUUCGAUGAAGAUCAAGAUGUUAAUAAUUUCUUUGGAUCUACUGAAAGACCACAACAACAAUCACAACAAUCAAAUGAUAAUGAUGGUAGUGGUGGUGAUAUUCGUGCACAAUUGGCUAAUGCAUUAAUGAAGAGAAAUAAUCCAACAGCAGCAGCCACAACAACAACAAAUGAUAAUAAUAAUAAUGGUGUUGGUGCUAAUAAUGCUAAUAUUAGUGGUAAUGAUAAUCAUACACAAUCACUUGAUAAUAUAUUUGGUAAUAAUGAAGAUGAUGGAUUAUUUGGAAGUGGUUUAUUUGGAUUUUCAUCAAAUACUAAUACUAAUAAUAAGAGAAGAAAUUCUGAUGAAUUUGAUUUGAAUCAAUUAGAAAAGGAUUUGGAUAUUGGUUUUGGUGGUUUUGGUUUAACUACAUCUUCUAAUAAUACUAAUACCAAUACUAAUAGUAAUACUACUGCAAAUAAUAAUACUGCUACAAGUAAUAUUCCUAAAGCAACAAAGAAAUCAUUCUUUGAUGAAGAAGAGGAAGAAGAAGGUGGUUUAUUUGGUGGUGGUAAUAUUACAACUAAACAACCAACUAAUCAACCAUCAAUUGUUAAUACUAUUGUUAGCAGUCAACAACCAAAAGAAACUAGUAAAGUUGCUAGUGGAUUAUUUGAUGAUGAUGAAGAUUUUAGUAUUAUACCAACAAGUAAGAAUGUUACAACAAAGAAAUCAAAUGCUCCAAAGAUUUCAAUGAAUUCAACAUUAUUUGGUGAUGAAGAAGAGGAAAGUUUAUUUGCUAAACCAUCUACAACACCAUCCACUACUACCAACACUACCAACACUCCUACUACUACCACUAAUAGUUCAUCUACUGCUGGUAAUAGAGCUAGUGUUGCUAUGAAAUCAUCUCUAUUUGAUGAUGAAGAAGAAGAAUUCUCAUUCAAACCAAAGACUACAACUACACCUACUACUACUGCUGGUAAUAGAGCUAGUGUUUCAAUGAAAUCAUCUCUAUUUGAAGAUGAUGGUGAAGAUUUUGCAUUCAAACCAGUUAUUAAAAAGGAAGAAUCACCAAUUGUUAAGAAGGAAGAACCAAUUAAGAAAAUUGUUGAACCAAUUGUUGAAGAAAAGAAAGUUGUUGAACCAACUACAACAACAAAUUCAAUUCCAAUUAAGAGUGAUGCAGAUGCAGAUGAUAAACCAUCUGAUAUUAGAUCUAAACUUGGAUCUUCAAUUAUGAAAGGUUUACAAGCUAAUUUAAGUGGAUCUUAUGUUUCAACUAGAAAAUUAACAAAUACAGAACCUGAAGUUAAACAACAACCAGCUGAAGAAGAAUCAACAAGUGAUUUAACAUUUACAAGACAAGAACCAAUUCAACCAAAACCAGCUGCAAAUACUACUACUACCACUUCUGCUUCUGCUACAACAAAGAAAUCAUCAUUGUUUGAUGAUGAAAAUGAUGGAGAACAAGAUGAAUUCUCAUUCAAACCAUCAAAGAAGGAAGUUAUUGUUCCACCUAAACAAUCACCAAUUGUAACAAAGAAAUCAUCUCUAUUUGAUGAUGAAGAUGAUGAUUUUACAUUUAAACCAAUUGUAAAGAAGGAAACUCCAAAACCAACAACAGUUGAAGAACCAAUUAAGAAGGAAGAACCAAAAUCAAUUAUUCCAAUUAUUCAACCUAAACCAGCAGUAGUAUCAACAACAAUGGAAGAAACAAGUGAAGUAAUUUCACUUCCAACUGAAUCAACUAAAGCUAAUUAUGCACGUGAUGGUAGUAGUGGUGUUAAAUUAGAACAUGCUUCACUUGGUAGACCAAAAAGAUCAAAGAAUAGAGGUGGUGCUAAUUCUAAUGGUAAUACUAGUACUAGUUCUACUACUACUAAAUCAUCUUCAACUAGUUCUACUACUACUCCAGUUCUUGAACAACCAAAACAAGUUAAGAAGGAAGAACCUAUUAGUGCUGUUAUUGAAAAGGAAACAAAGAAAUCAACUUUAUUUGAUGAUGAUUUUACAUUUAAACCUAUUGUAAAGAAGGAAACUCCAAAACCAGCAGUUGUUGCUGAAGAACCAAUUAAGAAGGAAGAACCAAAAACAGUUAAAAAGACUAGUUCAUUAUUUGGUAAUGAUGAAAGUGAUGAUUUUAAACCAAUUGUUAAACCAUCCACUCCUAAAGUUGAGGAAACUAAACAAGUUGAAGAACCUAAACCAGUUAAAAAGACUAGUUCAUUGUUUGGUAAUGAUGAAAGUGAUGAUUUUAAACCAAUUGUAAAGAAGGAAACUCCAAAACCAGCUGUUGAAGAAACUCCAAAACCAGUAGUUGAACCAAUUAUUACUAAAGAAGAACCAAUUAAGAAGGAAGAACCAAUUGUAACACCACUUGUUGCUGCUGAACAACCAAAAGAAGUUAAAAAACCAGCUAAAAAGACUAGCUCAUUAUUUGGAGAUGAUGACGAUGAUUUCAAUUUCAUUAAAUCAAGUAAUAAUGAUGAUAAGAAGAGUAAACGUAUGGCUGAUAGAGAAAAGAAGAUUGAAUCAACUAAAUUAUUUGGUGGUGAAAUUGAUGAUCCUUUAUUGACCUCAGGUAAUACUAAGAAAUCAUCAUCCACUCAAUCAACUCCAACUUCUACUACUACUACUCCAGUAGCAGCUGAAAAGAAAGAAAUUGCUUCACCACUCACUACUACCACUCCUGUUAAUAAUAAUACUCCAACUCUUUCUACCACCUCCACUACCACCACUACCACUACAAGCAAUGUAACUCCUACUUCCACUCCAACAACUCAAUCAACUCCAACAACUGAAAAGAAGAAAUCAUCUUCAUCAUUAUUUGGAGAUGAUCCACUUGAUGCCAUGUUAUCAGGUACAAGUGCACCACCUAAAAAGAAAAAACCAGAAGUUGUUAAGAAACAAAAGAAUGAUAUUGACUCAUUUGUUGAUGAUAUUCUUGGAGGUCCAAUUAAGGAAAAGACAACUUCUCAACCAAAACCAACAAAGAAGGGUAAUGUUAUUGAUGAAAUUGUAAAUGGUAAAUCAACAAGUAGUGGUUUAUUUGAUGAUGAUAUGUCAUCAUCCUCUUCAAAGAAAAAGACUACCACCACUACUAAAUCAUCAUCAUUAUUUGAUGCAUCUGCUGCCUCUGAUGAAAACAAGUCAUCACCUGCAACAACAAAGAAAAAGAAGGGUGAUUUCCAUAAUGAUUUAUUUGAUUUUUAAAUUACCAUUCCAGUAAUAAAAAUUUAAAAACACUUUUC